ACCAAUCUACUACUAGUAAGUUGCAUGCAAACCCACAAGCUUCGUUACCUACAUUUGCUCUAUUUCCACAAUUUUCGCUCACAUUCCCAUCUAGUUUCUUGGCUUCCACACAAAAGUUCCUUUAAGUCUUUAAACCCUAAUCCGAUAUCGUAAGCAUCCUUACCAACUAAUUUUCAUUUAGCCACAUAUACAUUCCACUUCUUGGGUACAUUUUAAUUUCUUUCUAGCUAUUUGAGAACAACAGUAUAUCCAUUAAUGGAUCGUGUAACAAAAUUGGCAUCACAAAAUGCCGUAGUGAUAUUCAGCAAGAGCUCGUGCUGCAUGUCCCAUGCAGUCAAGAGACUGUUUUACGAACAAGGGGUAAGUCCUGAAAUCUAUGAGCUCGAUGAGGAGUCAAGAGGGAAGGAGAUGGAGUGUGCUUUGACAAGGCUAGGUUGCCAACCUUCAGUGCCUGCUGUCUUCAUUGGUGGCAAAUUUGUAGGCUCAGCCAAUACAGUCAUGACACUUCAUCUCAAUGGGUCGCUAAAGAAAUUGCUAAAAGAUGCAGGAGCAUUGUGGCUCUAAUUAGCAACAUUAAUUAGCAGAUGCUCCACUUAAUAUGUGUCUCAAAUAGUUAAAAGGGAUAACUUAGUUGUAUUUUUCCUUUUGCUUUCCUCUUGUUACAUCCAGCGGCUUAAAGUACAAUGGAACUACAUAUCACUUUU